UUUUUUUUUUUGUUUUUCCCAUCUUCAAGCCAUUUUGGCAGCGACUCUGCGCCUAGAAACAGUCCCAGGGAACCCAGCAAUACAAAGAGCAGCCAACUCCGGAGUGAGAUAGAGUCGGGAGAAAAUUAGAAAGGUGGGGGAUAUGCGGAGGUUUCUCCCUCUCAAACUCCUCCUCAGGAGGAAGAACCACAACCCCAGCAACCCCAUUUCCCUCCCACUACAGAGAGGACUUCCCAAUUCGGCUUCUCGCUCUCCCGUCUUCUCCUCUUCUCCUCUUCCCGAGCCCCACCACCACCCCUUCUCUCGUCUACUCUCCGACUCCCUCCGCUCAUGGCGCUCCGGCGACCGCCUCCCUUCGGGGUCGUUUGACUUCCUCGCGUCUCAGGCCCUCGCCAAGUCGGCGAUGGCCAAGGGCGGUCUCGAAAGAUUUUUUGAUCGCGGGACGCACUUGUGGAAGGUCUCGCUACAGAGGAGGCGCGGGUUCGAUGCUGGGCGGCUCUUCUCUUCGUCGCGAAAUUUCUGGAGAUACUUGAUGCCAACACCAGAUGGAGUCCUUCUAAGCUUGAUUGGAGCUAAUGUUGCUGUUUUCUUCUUAUGGAGAAUUGCCGACCCGAAAUUUAUGAGGAAUAAUUUUAUGGUCGACGCUUCACUAGAAACAUUAAUUUCGCUAGACAAUUUUAAAAGCGGGCGUUUGCACACAUUGCUCACUAGUGCAUUUAGUCAUUCGGAUCUUGACCAUCUUGUGACAAACAUGAUUGGUCUUUACUUCUUCGGCACAAAUAUAGGAAGACUAUUUGGACCUGAAUUUCUGUUGAAGUUGUACCUAGCAGGGGCAUUAGGUGGAUCAAUAUUUUUCUUAGUACACAAGGCCUUAAUUGUUCCAUCUACAGAGGGCUAUCGACAAUGGGAUCAUUCAAGAAUUCCUGGACUGGGUGCAAGUGCUGCUGUUAAUGCAAUCAUUCUUCUUGAUGUGUUUCUCUUUCCAAAGAAUAUUAUCUAUGUAAAUCUCAUUAUGCCUGUGCCUGCAAUUUUAAUGGGGGCAAUAUUGAUCGGAACAGAUCUGUGGAGGGUUAAGAAGGGAGAGGGACAUAUCUCAGGUUCAGCUCAUUUAGGGGGUGCUGUGGUUGCUGCUCUUGUGUGGGCUGGAAUUAAGAAGGGUCUGAUCUGAUCAAACAGCUUGCCAUCACAAUCUUUUUUUCUUUUUCUUUACAUGAUUUUUGAAUACCAAUCGGAUCAAAUAGCUGAUGGAAUUACUAACUUUUCUUAGGUUGUUCCUGAACUGCCUGUUGGCAUUUGAUAUUUAUGCUUAUGUUUCAAGAUUCAUAAUUAUAUCUUUUCAUAGAUGUAGCAAACUCAAUGAUGGAUAUUUAAUUUUCUUUCUCGUUGUAGUUAUAUCACCAAUUUUCUUA